AUGAGCCAGUUUGGGUAUGGCCAAUCCAAGCCAACCUACCAGAUUACAGCUUUCGAUGGCGCAAAAUAUGUGAUGCGCAAGAAGCCCCCGGGCAAGCUGGUGUCACAGUCCGCCCACAAGGUAGAGCGUGAAGUCCUCAACGCUCUCGAGCAAACCGAACUUCCUGUUCCCAGGGUAUUCUGUCUUUGCGUCGACGAGGGGGUUAUCGGCACGCCGUUCUAUAUCAUGGAGUAUCUGGAUGGGCGCAUAUACAAGGAUCCAACCUUUCCUGGCGUUUCUGCUGAGGAGAGGACGGCCCUGUAUAUAUUUAACCAGCACAAUGCGGUGUUAAUCGAGGUGAGGAGCUGA